AUGGGGGCUCGUUCGCCCGACAUUCCGUAUCCAUCUUUCACUCUUGCUAUGGUGCAGUCGGGCUACAGCCCCCAUUCGUCUCGCAAGAACAAGAAGAAGGGCGCCCGUCGCGGACGUCACCACCAUCAUUCCCACCCAAAUCGCUUAGGAAGACCCGGCGAGUUCAUGACCACCGUGGACCACCGAACGGUUGCGCAUCUUGACGGGCCUGUGCCGAUGGACGUGGUCGAGGUGAUGACCGCCGCUGACAAUCUUGAGGAGGCCAUCCAUAGCGGACAAGCGACGCGCAAGCUCCGCAAGCUCCGCAAGCGCAACAGUUUGUCUGCUCUCGUUGUGGAUCUCGCUCUCGUAGUUCGUCGAAGGGUUCUGAGCUCCAUGGGUAGAUGA